CAGGAAACAGCCUAUGGAGAGAGGCUGUACCUUCACACCGUCAUACAGUCAGGGAGUAGAAGUGAAGCAGCGUGUUGGAUACAUGCUGUGGUCACAGUGUGCUGGACUCCACAGGUGCUAUGAGUGCCUGUGUUUAAAUAGAAUCAGCUGUGUGAUUCCAAAAACAAGAGGGACUGCUUUCAGUGUUGGAAUAUUUCAGAUGUCCACUGGGGAUUGACAACUUCUGGACCAUUUUGGAUUACUUUCUCCAGUGAUUUUUAACAGCAUUGAUGUUUUUCUUCACGGGGAUACAUUUUGAGUGGAUUUCAAGUCAGUCAGACAGGAGUGACUUGUGGAUCUUGGUUCUCAAAGACAGAAUUAAUCAGCACGGACAAGUUGUGUGAGUUUCUGAGUGAGUACGGACCUCCCUUACCUUUGGGCUGGGGUCCUCUGGGGUGGCUGGGGAAAGGGCAGGAGAAGGGGGAGGGUAGGAGGAAGCCUGAGCUUGUCUUCUGUCUCUGGGGAGGACUGCUUUCACCAUCAGCUAACCCCAGUGGCUCCUCUGGACAAUCCCGAAGGGAAGCGUUCAAAUGCUUGCGACUAAAGAGGGGAGCACAUAAAAGAGACCUCUUUGUCCCGGAGAGAGCAUUUUGACAGAGACACCUUAAAGGAAUGCCUGUGGUACCCUUUGUUUUAUGUUGCAUUGACCAUUCCUGUUGGAUUCAGGAUCGAGGGAAAUCCUUCCAUUGUGUAACUUUCACAUAACUUCUAUGAAACACCAUACUCUUGUUUACUGGAGAGAUGCACAACAUCACCUUGCAGAUGGGCAGCAGUAAUAACAGUUACAGCAAUCCCAUGGAUUUGGUGGAAUGCCAAAAGAACGACGGAUUCAAGUAUCCACUCUAUAGCAUUGUGUUCAGCAUUGUCUUUGUGGUGGGACUCAUUAUGAACGUAACAGCCAUGUACAUCUUCACCUGCUCUCUGAAACUCCGCAAUGAAACCACCACUUACAUGAUGAACCUUGUGGUGUCAGACCUGCUCUUUGUGCUCACGUUACCAUUACGAGUCUUCUACUUCAUCCGACAAGACUGGCCGUUCGGUCAUUUGCUCUGCCAGAUUUCGGUCUCCCUCUUCUACACGAACAUGUACGGCAGCAUCCUCUUCCUCACCUGCAUCAGUGUGGACCGCUUCCUGGCUAUCGUCUACCCUUUACGUUCACAGGGGCUUCGGACUAAACGCAACGCCAAGAUUGUGUGCUUGGCUGUGUGGGCACUGGUGCUGUCGGGGAGUCUACCUACAGGGUUCUUGCUGAACUCCACCACAUCCCACAGCAACUCCUCCGUCAAAUUCUGCUUCGAGAACUUCUCCUCCAAGCAAUGGAAGGCACAUCUCUCCAAAGUGGUGAUUUUCAUAGAGACAGUUGGUUUUCUUAUACCACUACUCCUCAACGUGAUCUGCUCUGCCAUGGUUCUCCAGACACUGAGGAGGCCCCACUCAGUCGGUCGAGGAGGGAGGCUGAACAGAACUAAGAUCUUGCGAAUGAUAGUGGUGCACCUUUUGAUCUUCUGUUUCUGUUUCAUCCCUUAUAAUGUCAACCUCGUCUUCUACUCGCUGGUACGGACCAAAAUUUUGGGAGGCUGCAUGGCAGAGUCUGUGGUCAGAACCAUCUAUCCAAUCUCCUUGUGUAUAGCUGUAACUAACUGUUGUUUUGACCCUGUCGUCUACUAUUUCACCUCAGAGACUAUACAAAACUCCAUUAGGAGGAAAUCGCAGGGUGACCGUUUCUACGACACAAAGUUCUCAGAGGCUCUGCAAUCAGAGACCAGCUCCAGCCUCAGUUUCAGCCUGAGGUCCCUUAAAAGCAAGAUUUUCUUCAAUGAGUCCAAUGCGUGAAGAGACUUUAAUGAUGGCAGCUCACAAUAAUACAGUGUGCAAAUCAAAAAUGACAUUACUUUAAUAAAUGUGCUGUAUGUUGCUGAAUUCAUGCUGUAAAUUCCUAAAUGUUGACUGCAAGGGCAAACUGCAGUACAUUGACUGAAAAGAUCUAAGCUGUUGGAUGUCAUUGGAUAUUUGAUACAAGAGCCAUUCAAUUAAUGGAUACUUCAAAUUAGUGUUUGGAAGAAUCUAUGUGACUUUCUUAAGCAUCGAGCAAUUGAUGGACUCUGCCCUGUGACAGGUGUUUGUAUACCAUGCAAGACAUGCUUGAGAUCAAUACAGCAUGUCUUUUUAUGGAUUUAUCGCUAAGUGUCUCCCUUUGGAAUAAAGUAUUUAGCUAUUGAAAACCUUCUUUUUGUCUAGAUACAUGAACUGUAAUUAUUUGACUGUGAAAAUGACAAACUGUGGUUGCUUCUUGCUUGAAUCCUGAUAUGUAAGGCUACAUAACCAUGUCAUGGCACAUGGCAAUUUACAUCAACCAUGACAUGUUUAUGGCAUAUUUAUGCCAAUAUUAUAUAGCAGGGUUCAACUAAAGUGUUACCAUUAUUUCUUACAAUGUAAAGGUUAGUGCGCUUACUUUGCGUUCACUGUUUAUUAAGUGAAUGCACAUGUAACAUAUUUAUCAGUAACAUAUUAUGGACAUUUAACAAAGCUCAUACCAAGAAAGAAAGAAAAUGGCACCAUCAUCUAAGUCCUAGUCAUAAAUGUCUACUUGAUUUUUUGACUUGUGAAACAAAUGUACUAAAACAUGGCACUGAUUCAAUCAUUUUUUAUGGAACCUCAUCAUUUUUUUUGUUUUUUUUUACUAAAUAUCAAAGAUCACAACUUCCUGAAGUGUCAUAGUGUUAAUUAGUGAAAAGACUUUCAAUGGCACUUUAUACAACCAUUUAAACUUUGCACUGAUAUUAGUUCACUUUUCACUGUACACUGUUUUUCUGUUACAAUACCAUAUUUGAAAAUAAAAAUUUCUCUGCAGAA